AUGGACCACCACAUGCAUUCGGGCUUCCAAAUGCCCAUCCCGCCACCACCACUCAUGAACCCGCCCCCCCAGAUAUUCGGCGGCUACAGUGAGCACGGCAUCCAAAUGCCCCAGUUACCGCCUGAAUUGAUCACGGCGCAAAUGUUCGGGGACCAGGGAUUGUUGGACGACACAAACGAGGCAAAGAGGAGGAGGAUUGCGAGGGCAUGCGACAUGUGCCGAAAGAAGAAGAUCAAGUGCGAUGGAAAGCUCCCAGCUUGCACGCACUGCAAUAACUACAAGACGGACUGUGUCUUCACCCAAGUAGAAAAGAAGCGGAAUCCUCCCAAGGGCGCCAAGUACAUUGAGGGGCUCGAGAAUCGAUUGGAGCGCAUGGAGUCCCUGUUGAGGUUAUCAGGCCUUCUAGACGAAGACGACAACGGUGCCACCGACCUCGGAACCUUGGAGAAGAAGCUUGUCGAGAAGCACCAACAGUCGAGGCAGGCUUCCCAGGCUGUUUCCGAUCCGACGUCCCCCCCACCAGUGCCGGGUCAAGAGGCUCGCGCCUCAACGCCCCAUAGCUCGUUGGCGUCCCCCGAGUCCGCUAAAGACAGCGAUAAAAUGAACUCUAUCACGCCAGAAAAAGACAGUCAGGACGGCGAGCGGGAAGAGGUCGCCGAACUGUCUGAAAUGAUGUGCUCAUUGGUCACGAAUACCAACGGCGAAACGCGAUAUAUCGGUUCAUCCUCCGGGUUCUCCAUCUUUUCACCCAAAGGAGUUCAGUGGGUAAACGAGAAAAUGGGGGAUUCAUCGUUCCAGCAGAUGAUUUCGGAUGUCUCGAUUGACGAUCACAAGUGGACGGCUUGGAAGCCCGAUGUCUUCGGGGAUCUCUUCCGCCGCACUGUCUUCAGAGAUUUGCCCCCGAAGCCGGAGGCGCUGUCGCUGCUCAAGGACUACUUUGAGAACUUCAACUGCAUGUUUCCGUUAUUCCACCAGCCGACCUUUAUGCAUCUGGUGGAGAGGCAGUACUCGGAUGACCCCUAUACCGGAUCCGGAUGGUGGGCGAGCUUGAACGUGGCUCUGGCUAUCGCGCACCGCCUGCGCGUUAUGAGUAACCUGGUACCGCAAGAGGAAGAUGACAAGGCCUGGGCUUACAUCAAGAACGCCAUGGCCGUCUUUUCCGAGCUGGCGAUGCGCAACACCGACCUGCUCAGCGUCCAGGCCCUGCUGGGUAUGUCUCUGUUCAUGCAGGGAACUCCAAACCCACAGCCGUCUUUCCUCCUCAUUGCCACGGCGAUUCGACUUUCGCACACCAUCGGCCUCCACAAACGAGGCACAGGGUUCAACCUCAAUCCCAUCGAGAUUGAGCAACGGAAGCGGGUAUUCUGGAUAGCCUACAUGUUGGACAAGGAUUUGUGUCUUCGUUCCGGGAGGCCACCUGCGCAAGACGACGACGACAUGAACGUAGAACUCCCCGAUGCUGACCCUGCGGACGGCAUCGGCAACAUUCCAUUGGCGGACGGAAAGGGCAAGAUGAACCUUUUCCGGGUCAUGUGCGAGCUCUCCAUCGUGGAAAGCAGAGUGUACAACAAAUUGUACUCGACCAAAGCAACGAAACAAUCGGAUGGCGAGCUGCUGAACACCAUCGGGGAACUCGACAAGGAGCUGGAAGACUGGAAGGACCGCAUCCCGAUUGAUUUCCGCCCAGAACACGAGAUCAAAGCGUCGCAUACACCACUUAUCCUCCACAUCGUCAUGCUGCAUUUUAACUACUACAACUGCCUCACCACGAUCCACCGCAUGUCGAUCCAUCACGGGUACUGGACUAGUCGUCUAUCCAACUUUGCUCUUAGGGGGCUCAACGCGAGGCCACUGAAUCCCCGCAUUUUCUCUUCGGCGGCGUUGUGCACCUCUGCCGCCAGAGCAUCAAUCUCUCUGCUUAAGUACAUCCCUCAGGGCGACUUUUCCUGCGUCUGGGCACGCUCCGACACCAAGCUGUUAAAUGUGGUCGUCAACUUCCUAUCAAUGCUUGGGCACGAGGCGGAAACAGGCGGCGUCCACCGCAUGCUCGGCGUAUGCUCCGAGUUUGACCGGAUCGCCAAGGUGGUGAUCGACAAGGCAGAAAAGGACCAUGCCUCACGACGAGGAAAGCGGAAAAACCAUGACCAAUCCUUGAGCAAACCAGCAGCUAGCUCCAACAACACCAACACCAACGCGGCCGAUUCCCCCUCCUUCAAUCCGAACCCGAUCCCGGCCCACGUCCCGGACCCCACCACGGCGCGCUCCGCAACCCCCCCAGGCGAACGGGAUGCACGCCGGCAACCCCAACAACCAAAACCAUCUCUCCCCGCCCGCCAACGACCGCCGCUCCCCGCCCAACAACCCCAACAGCUACAGCCCCAUGAACGGCACCAUGAGCCAGUCCCCGUCCCCCGGCCUCGCCCCCACCGGCUGGCACGGCGAGUUCACGCCCGACAGCUCCGAGUACAACACCUUUGCCGACAUGGCCGCGUUCGGCGCCAUGGACACGAGCGGGGGGCUGGGCAGCCCGCCGCUGGGUGGUGGCCUAGGAGGGGCGCUGUACCAGCAGCCGAUGCUGCCGCAGGAUCUGUUUAG